UGCCAAUGAACGGAUUUUAUUUAAGCCGAAAGAUUGGAACAACAUUGAUUGUCACAUACAUCAUCAUCAUGUGCGUCAAUAUUGGUGUAGAAGUGUACAGCCUUCACAGUACACUUUACCCCAUUUAAUGAUUCACCUUUUACUAUUUCUGACUUGCUUCAUAUUGACGAUUUCAACUUCCCGUUUUGUAAAACAUCGAUUCGACAUUUGUACAAAUAAUGCUAUACUACAUCGUAUAUCGCUUUUUUACACGAAGAAGAGUGAACCAGUCGGCGCGAUCUCUGCAGCUUUCACAAAUGCAUCAGGGAUUAGAAAAUCGAUCAAGGUGGCAAACGAGAUGUACAUCUUCAAAUCGUCCGAAUGAAUCAAAAAUAAUACAAUACUAGAAUUCUAAUUCCAAUCAGCUUAAACACUUUUCGGCGCCGCUUUUUAUUCCCAAAUUCCCAAAUGCGUGCUGAGCAACUUUUGCCGUGCAAAAUCAACGAUGUUUUCCCUUUCUCACCUUCACAUCCUCUUCAGCAGCAUAUAUGCGCUCUUUUUGAAGUUUUCUCCAUCUCUACAAUCAUGAUGUCGUUGAACGGGCAUAAGUCGUUGGACAAAAUGCUACCAGAUGAGGUAUUGCUGAUGAUAUUCUCAAAUUUGACGGUGAUUGAACUUGCACGGGCUCAGCAGACAUGCAAGCGCUGGUACAGCAUUGCACGAGAGCAUAGUACUUUAUGGAAAGAUGCAACUGCUUUCUUUUCCCGACUCGACAACUACUCGUACAACACUUCUUCUGAACAGAGCAAAAGAGUAAAGCUAAAUAUCCGCGGCUUUCAAAAGCUUCAAGAACUUUCCAAAUGGAAACUAGACGGCAUUUCGCUACUACCUUUUGGCGACAAUCCUGAUUGGAAUAAUUCAUUUCGUGAGGUCAUCUUCAAAGCCUUACAAGACUAUCCGCCUACAAGACUAUCGAUCAAGAGCUUGAUGUUAGGCUAUGCUGAAAAGCAUAUUAUCCAAUGUCUUGAGCUUCUUGCUAAAAAUCGGUCACUCAAGCACCUAGCUUUAGACUUCGUCUCUCGUAGCACGUUUUGGAAUCUCGAAUUAACCUGUUCUCUAGAAAGCCUUGAACUAGAAUGUCCGUCUCUCAGUGGUUGUCGUAAUAAAGAAGGACUGAUUCAAGCCUUUAAAGGCUUGAAAAGGCUUAGGUUGAUAUCGCCUUUCGAACGUCCUGGAAACUUGGAAUUUUUGGAAAAGAUUGGACAAAACUUAGAGAGCCUUCGCCUGGAAGAGAUAAGUCCUUAUCAAGCUACCGUUCAAAAUUUAGGACCUGACGUAGAGCAGAAGACAAUAAUAUGUUUUCCAAAGCUCCUUAAUCUGACGGUGUGGAGCCGAUCACAUAUCUCAAAUACAUCAUACCAGCUUAAUUGUCCUCGACUUCAAUCGUUGACGAUUAUAGGCGAUCUAAGCAAUUCAAAGAACGAUGGGCAAGAGAUCAGUGUUCCUGAGAUGUUGAUUUCUACGGAGACCACUUCACAUAUCUCUGUCUCUUUGCCUCGAGUUGAAAAACAAUUCUUUUACAAAGCUUGUCUACAACGCUUUUUCGGUAAAUUCCGUCAUGUCAAAGAAUUGUGUCUCUACCUAGAGAGCCAUGCCACUUUGGAAGACUUAGUCGACACGCUUCCAGAGACGGUAUCGAUGCUAGCAGUCAAUGUAUUAUGCUAUGAGCAAGGUAACAAAGUACUUUUCAACAGGCUUUCAAGAAUUCAUAGAGAUGGCGGAACAGUCAAAAAGAGUAGGAAAGACGAUGAUCUGGUUUGCAAGCUAGACGCGAUUUGCGUGAGGGAGCAAACAAAUAGCGUCACUUACAAUGACCUCACGAUAUUCGGCAGGGCAAACCUUCGUGCUCUUGCAUUUGGUCGUGGAAAGUGAAGUUUGUAUUGAUAGUUUGUCAUCCGUUAAAGUUAGAUCACUUUAAUUUGUAUAAUAGAUAAGUCACAUGAUCAUAUUUG